GCGUGGCUACGUUAAGACACGCCUCCAUAUCGCAACUUGUCCCUACUAUUGCGGUACCCAAGUCCUCUAAAUCAUUUUUAUGAGCCCUCAUUAAAUAAUCACAGUCGUUAUUUAAACUUCCACCAGAUGUCAGCCACACUUUGUUGUAUUGUUCUUUCGUAACAACCUGUUAUAAUUAAUAUAUAAUUACAGUGAAUGACCCAGACUGCAUAUAGCUAGGCUACCCUAAGAUAUCACGAACGAUAAUAAAACAACAAUGAAGGAGGAAGAACUCGGGUCCAUAAAUAAAGGUAUACUACACUGUAAAGGUCCUGUAGACCUAUAAUGUAUAUAAGCAGAAUGUAGGCCUACCGAAAAGUAUCCGAACUAAGUUACUUAGUAGGCUACAUUAUCGUUAUGCAUCCAUUACCGUUUAACGCAUUUAAAGUGGAGCUACUCGUUAUCUAUUUAAGGCCAGCUGCAACUACUUAUUUUCACUAGGCCUAUGGAUUAAUGCGAUUAUUUUCUUGAUCAGUUCUUUAGUGUUUGCUUGUAAAACGCAAGAAUAUCAUGAGAAAACCCGGAUUACAGUUAUUCAGAACUCCAAACCUCCAAAUUGAGUUUGCUGUAAUUUUAGGUAAGGAAAGGUAUCAAUUUCCCCAGUUUGUGAUGCUGAAACUAUUAAAUGUUCGAUAUUAAAAGAAUUAACCAGUUUCAAAACAAUCACCGAUGAAUUUUUGAUAGAUAACUGAGUCAACAAUAAAUGUUAAAUAGUUUAAGCUCCAAUUGUAUGUGCUGUUUUAUAUACCGUUCUAUAAACUAGCCUAUCAAAUACAUUUAGUGGAGUAAAAAGUGCAGUAUUUCCCUAUGAAGUGUAGGUAAUAGAAGAGCCAUGAAAGGAAGUGCCGAUACCGCCGGCAUGGGCUAUAAUUAACUACAUUAGGCUGCGCAUGCUCCACAUUACGCGCGUGUGCAGUACGUCUCUAGUAUCGUAAUGGCUGACGCGAGCUGGAUAGGUUGCGCAAAGAGUUUGAAAGGUGUCGUAUUGGACAUGUGUGGCGUUUUAUAUGACAGUGGAGAGGGCGACGGAGUUGUCAUUCCUGGUUCAGUUGAAGCUGUGAAAAGGCUCAGAGCAUCUGACCUGAAGCUACGAUUCUGCACCAACGAGACCCAGGCCACCAGAGAGAAGUUUGUAGACAAGCUUCAAAGACUGGGCUUUGACAUAUCUGUUCCUGAGGUCUUUUCUCCUCCUCCUGCAGUUGUUGCUGUCCUUAAGGAAAGGAGUUUAAGGCCUCACCUGCUGGUGUAUGAUGGAGUUCUCCCAGAGUUUGAUUUUGUUGAUAAGACCAACCCAAACUGUGUGGUCAUAGGAGAUGCAGCUGAAAAUUUUUCUUACCAGAACAUGAAUGAGGCAUUCAGGGUCCUUAUAGGCCUGGAGAAGCCAGUGCUGUUCUCUCUGGGCCAAGGGAAAUACUACAAGGAGACAGAUGGUUUGAAACUAGAUGUGGGAGUUUACAUGAAGGCUUUGGAGUAUGCCUGUGAUUUAAAGGCUGAAGUCAUUGGAAAGCCAUCCCCAGUGUUCUUCCAGAGUGUUCUCAAUGACAUGGGGCUUCAACCAUAUGAAGCGCUAAUGAUUGGGGAUGACCUGGUGAAUGACGUAGGGGGAGCUCAGCACUGUGGAAUGAAAGGUGUACAAGUCAGGACUGGCAAAUACAGGCUCAGUGAUGAAAGCCACCCGACUGUGACGGCCGACGGCACUGUAGACAACCUGGCCCAGGCUGUGGACAUGAUCCUGAAUCAGAGGGGGCACUGAGUACAAGGCAGUGAACACUGGUAACUUUCCACUUACUGUGUCUGUGGCUGAUAUAGGCUGGUAGUAUUUUCAUAUAGAUCUAAGUUUCUAAUGGGAAGGGUGUACUUCAUUGAGGUAAUUCAACAAACACGUCAAAACGCCACAACACUAAAUACCAUCCAAAUAUUGUAUAUCUUGUAACUGUCACAGCUCAUUACACUGGCAAAUUUGGGCACUACCCACCCACCUGGUGCUCCACAUAAUGUAAAACAAACUGGAAUAAGAUUUGCAGAACUGUUACCCAAGUCUGCAAGAGAUACACUCUAGAACUGCACUGUGCAUUUGUCAGUACAUGAUUGGCAUAGAUAAGAUGCCUCAAGCUGACAUGAAUGUGUACCCAGCUGCUAACUGACAGAAGGGAAAAGUAAUGCAGAGUGUCCUCACUCUCUCCUAAUGUUAUGCAGUCUGAUUCUUUGAGUAGCUCCUGUACAUGGAAGCAGCUUGUAUUUACAACUGAAAGGUUUUACGUAGGUAAUUGUUGCUUACUCCCUAACAAGCACAGCCUUGAUAAAUUAACAGGGAACAGUCAGUUAUGCAAGUACUUUGAUUACUAUUAGUAGGCCUAAAGCUAUUUUAGUGGUCUGUGUGUUGCUAAAUGGCACAUCAUUACAGAACUUUAAAAAAAAAACAGAGGAAGGCUUCAUUGGCUCAAAGCAAUGGCGACAUUUUGGCCUUGACCCUGUUUGAAAAUUAUAUCCGAGCAGCAUAUGUUUUACACAGAGAAAUGACUGGAAAUGGGAAGUGAGCUGGACUGAGAGAUGAUAAAUGCAGAACCCAGCUGAGGGUGAUGAAUUACGCUGGUGCUUACGCUCAUGUUUCUCCUUCUGUAAACAAAGUUGACAUGAGCUCUCCAUCAUCAGAGUGAAGUGAACUGUCUUUAUUUGUUUGACUGUAAACCACCUCUGCUGGGGAUUGUCCCGUCAUAUGUUCCACUCAAUAAACGUACUGCAUUCACUUCUUUAUCUGCAGUGAGGUUAGAUAAAAUGAUGAGUAGAAAACAUUAUAUAUUGGGUUUUUGUGUGCCAGCUGGAUCAUUGAGGCCUCUGGAAGUGGGGCGGAAAACAAAUGAUUCCCCAUCACUGCCCCCAAGGUUUCAGUGUACCAAAUACAUUCAUCAAGAACAAAAGCCCAUUGGUGAGUGAUUCAUUGAGGUCUUUUUGGUUCACUUCACCAUUAGCUGACACAAGCUUGAAUGUUAUUAGGCAAUUAAAGGUAAUGAAAUGCUACAUAGUCUUAUGAAACUGUCUCUGAGCUGGCUGUAUACUCUUGAUUUUGAACUCGUUUUCUAACUGCUUACAAACUAUUUGACUCUUUUGCCCAUUAAAUUGCAGCCUGUUGGCCUUGUAUGGAGCUAUUAAACAGGUAUUUGACUAUUCUCAAAUGA